ACUUUACACUCGCUUCGCUCUUCUUGAGUUGUUGCGAGGCUGUGAGCUUAUAGCAGUGGGUGUACCUCACUUGUACCUAUACCUACGUUAGCUGCCGAUCUUGUUUAAGAUUCUUUUUCUGGCGGAGAGAUCAUCGAUUCGUUUGACGCGUGGGUCGGUGCGCGUUGACUUGUACCAAAUGUGCGUCUAUGUGUGUUACUGAUGCCCGGUGAUUAUGGCGUUUAUCGCCAAGUUUUGGUCCAGCGGUAAAAAUCGGCAACAGGAGGCUCCGGAUGCAGCUGAGCUUGACCAACGGGAUAAGCGUGUCGAGUAUCACGACGAAAAACGCCUGCAAUUCGGCGCGGACCCUGUGAGGAUACUGCUAUUCCGAGACUGCGACUCGCGCGUCUCCCGGAAACUACUGUUCGACUCCAUGUCGACGGAAGGCUGCGACAGAUGCAACGCCGACAACCUCGGACCAAAGUCUCGCAACGGAGCGCCCAACCGCGGGAACCCGACGAAACGCAUCGGUGCAAACAACAAACGGUCCGCCCCCUUGGUCUGCGAGCACGAGAAACAACUAAAGGACGACACCAGCGUGCUCUGCGCCAUGACCUUCGGCAGCGUCUCGAUGACCUACAAGGGCCCUUCCUUCAAGAUACACGUGGUCAGUUCGCCGGCCAGCGUAGUGUGCGCCAAGGUCUUUCCAUCCUCGGAGCACAGCGUCUGCGGACCGAGCCAACGGCAACCCGGCGCCCCGACCACCUUCGACUCCACCACCAACUCGAGCCUGCGAACGCAAAUAUCCGGCAGUGCGAGCUCGGCAAGCGGGGUCAUCCCAACGCUGCGGAAAACCUCGACGAGCUCGAGCGUAGGUGGCGGCUGGGACCUCGAAGUGCCCCGUCUUGGUAGUUCGCAGUCCCUGGACGGCAACGGCUCGUCGUCCGGGAGCCUCUCGAGUUUACGCCGGCGGUGGCAGAGGGCGCUCUCGACGUCGCUCGCCCGCUCCGAGUCAGAGGAGGGCUCGACGGUCGACGGGGCCAAACACGGGACGCGGCUCGCCCUCGUCCUCCUGGUCCACCUACCAUCUGGUCACGAAAGUGAAGCGACGGCGUUGUUUCUGGAGCACGCGCCGCUGCUCGAGGGUAUGCUGGACCGGCUGCGGUACUCGUGCGGCGAGGGCCCAAGGCGCAACCUCGUCUACCGGCUGUACCGGGCCACCGGCGGCUCGACGCUUCGGCUCCUCAGCCGGAUCACGAGACUGGAGCUCGGGACUACCAAGUCACUUCUCGUGUGGCACGAUGCCCUGCUCAACUCGGUCCACCAGCACCGGCAACCGUGUCGGCUCGGCGACGUUCACCGUACCUUGCAGCGCAUGUGCUGGCUCCUCGAGAGAUACGACACCAAGUCCACAAACUUCUUCGUCAGUACGAUCGUCACGGCCGUCCUGACGCACCACCUCGGCUGGGUGCACACGGCGCCACCCUGUCGCGACAGACAGGCGGUGGAGAAGAUGGGUAAACAGUACAGUUGCAACCCCCUGUGGGCCCAGCUGGCGGAUCUGUACGGGGCCGUGGGGACGCCGACGCGGCUCGCCCACACGGUGAUAGCGGGCGAGCCGGACAAGGUCAGCCUGAUCGAGUCGGUGUUGCAUUUCCUCUCGUACUUUGUGCGGAGCGGCGUCGUCGGCAAGCACCCGGAGACCCGCUGUCCCGAGCAGGAGGACUUCCGGGAGGCCAAAGCCACGCUCGAGCGGGCGCUUCGCCGAAAACACGGCCUCUCGGACGGGCCCCCAAAACUUUGCAGUAGCGGCAGGCCAGGCGGUGAAGCUCCCACCGGGUCGGCGUUUGUCGCACGGAGAACGACCAACGGGGCGGCGACGCGUGCCAAACUCGGCCUACCGGAGGAGGAGCCCUACGAGGAGACUUCGUCGAAGAAGCUCAAGCGCAGCGGUACGAUGGGUUGCCGGCUGGACGAGGUUGCGACGGUGGACCCGGUGCAGGGGCAAGGGGAGACUGGCGAGGAGAGGCAAGCGAGCAGCAAAGUCAAGAUAGUCGUCGGUGACGGUGACGAGCGCGAUAAGCUUUGUAACUUUAACAAACAGCAGCUGCAGAAACCUAACGCUACCAAAGACCUCAUGCGCUGCUUGGACUCCGAAAAGCUGGCGUGGCUCGACCGGCAGAAGUUCCCCCCGGCUUCCUUCGCAGCCAGCCACCAUCCCGCUAACUCCAAGACCUUGCUGAACGAGCACGUGGCCUUUGCGGCCAACUUUACGGCCAACGCCGACGCCCAAGUGCUGUUCACCCUGGGCGACGACAAGCCCUGCACCCCUACAUCCUCGUCGGUUAACGAGCGGCUCGAGUCAUCGAAUCGCUGCCAAUGCUCGUACACGUUCAUGCCGAGCACCUCGGCCGAGCUGCCCGAGGCCAUUUUGCGCAAAAUCAUCCAGAGGAACUUUCCCGAGUCGUCGAAGAACAUGCGGCCUACCGCGACUGCGGACGACGACUUUGGGGUGUGCCUCAAGUGCCGGAGGGGCUCGUCCCGUGUCUUCGAGAACGGCAAGCUGCUCGAGACCCCGACCAACGCAACCGAGGUCCUACGGGGCUGCACCACCUCCAACAGCAACGGCCCCGUGGUGGACGGACCCACGGCUGGCUCGACGCAGCCCGACCGCUCCGACACCCUGGAGGCUCUUCUCGAGGCUAACGGCAUCAUCGAGCUGCCCAUGCCGAGAACGAAAAAGGCAGCAUCCGAGGCGAAAACGAUGGUGCGCGAGAGCGUCGGGUUUCCCAGGAGCCUGAUUGGCCUGAAGGUGGAGACGCUCGAGUCCGGGUACACGUACGGCAUGGUGAUGCAGGGUCUGGUCAAGAAAACAAAGCCCAGAGCCUCGGAUGGGACUCCGAGACCGAAGAAAGAGGAGGAGGAGGAGGAGGAGUGGUGGUUGCCGAUUCGGGAGAAUCUCGGCUUUUCCGUCAAGUUUCCCGUUAUCGAUCAGCCGGUAGCCGAGGCUCUCUGUAUCAUCGGCGACCUUGACAACUGGCAGGUCGGACUGCUGUCGAAUACAUCGAGCGCGACGGCGCCCGUGACCGUUGGCAUGUCGAGGCUCGUGUCGAACAUGCUCGAGGCUUUCGUCUGCAUGUGGAGGACCUUCCGGUCGCCCGAAAUAUGCAUAAAGUUUCUGGAGAGCAGGCUACGCGAGGUGUGGCUGCGCAGCCGAUCGCUGGCCGAUUUUCUCCUGACUGACGAUCUGGACGACGCGAGCGUCAGCAGUUUGACCGAUUUUCUCGACGUCGACGUUGCCGAUCUGCCUCUGCUGGUGGCCGUCGCUUCUACGCACACGCCGCGGAUAUCCCAGAGGCUCGGCCUAACGCUGGCUUGAUCGGUUUGAGACUUUCUCUCGUGAAACUCCAAAGAGCACCACGCGAAUGGCAAACGUCACGUGAAUCGAGUACGAAAAUAGAAAACUUUUUUUUUUCUGCAUCCGCAUCGGUCCAUUUUCAUACCUAUAUUGCGUAAAAUAACUUUUUGCGUCUGACGUAUUCAGAGUGCCGGGCUGUGCCUACACUGCUCAACUAUUGUAAUAUAGUGUAAUAUACAUACACACUCUGUUCUCGUAUUUGUACGGAGGAUAGGAGCUGGGGAGGGAUUUGAAGUAACGAUUCUUCUUCUUCGACCGACUGCCACUUAAUCGUUUUAAGCUACACACAGGCAUGUAUAACGAAAUGCGUUGAUAUGUGUAACAGGUAUUUUUUUUUUUUUUUUUUUCAAUGAAAACUCACAAGGCAUCAGAAAUUUAUGGUGUACUUUAGAUUGGUUAAAGGAGUAUACAUAUGGAGUGGUGUCUGUUUUAUGUUUAGAAAUUUUCCCAUCAAUUUGCCGGAGCUUUCAUUAAAUUCUUGAUACGCGAAUACUUGAUUUAUACUGUUACGAUACCGAAGUGUUAUUAUUAUGAUGUACUAUAAAAGCUAAGCCGAACCUCAAUAUUGCAUAACGUUAUGUAUUAUUCGAGCGAUAAUCAAAGUGUUGGGCAUGAAAAUAUAAACUGUUGGUUUACUUGUUUAUGAUGACCAAAACGUUUAUACUGGCGGUUAAAUUGUGAUAAAUGAUCAAAACGUCCCUUCACGAGGAUAAAUAUUAAAGACGGAAAAAAAUGUAUCUUGAC